UAUGUUGGUAUUUUCACAGAAGUUCUUUUAAGACAAUCCUGGCGAUGUGUUCAAGACUAGUGAUGAGACAUAUGUGUUUUCAUAUCUGUUAAUAAUUUUGCAAACUGAUAUCUAUAAUAAGUCAGUCAAAACGAAAAUGACAUUUUAACAAUUUUGCAAAUCUUCAAAAUUAUCUAUGGAAAGAGAUUUAGGAGAGGAAUAUUUGAGAUAUUGUUAUGAUUAGAUCUUGUAAGAACCCUUGGCCAUUCAUUCCAGUAUUGAAAAGUAGUAGAAUUCUCAAAUCAACUGGAUGAAUUUAGAGAGAAAAUCUUUGCAAUAGAAAAUCUAUAUCUUUAUGCCUCGAAUAGAUUAUAUCAAACUAUUUAUGGAAGUGUUUUGGCCAGCUUUAUUUGUUAAUUUGAAUGUAACUAUUGAGAGAACAGAAAAUGUUUAGAUAAUCUCAAUCGCUAUGCAAAAUGCAACCUACACACUCUAAUUAAUGAGCAUGGUGGGCAUUUGCGAUCUAUGCUAACAAUUCAUAUAAUGGUUAUGCUAAUUAGCUUCUUUGGAGAACAAAUAGUUGAAAUAAAAAAAUUAUAAGGCUCUACAGUGCAUCAUAGAUUUGGCAAUAAAGAAUGGGAAUGCUUUAAAGAAUAAUUGGAGACCAGUUCUGGAAAUCAUUAGUUCAAUUAAUUAUUUACUCAAUGAGAAAUAAAAAGGGAAAAUCCUUUAGGAACCUUUGGAGAGCAUCAGCAAGAAUAUUCAAAACAUAAUUGAUAUAUCUAGCAUUGAUAAGGUGAUGUAGAAUACCAGUAAUAUGGACUCUAGGACCAUAUUGGACUUCCUUUAAUCGUUAAUCGAUGUGUCUCUCAAUGAAAUUACAUUGCCAGAACCAAGGAUCUUUAGUUUAUAGAGAUUAGUGGAGGUGACUAGUUUUAACAUGGAUAGAAUAAGAUUGAUAUGGAUGCAGAUUUGGAAUCUAUUGAAGGCUCAUUUCGUAACAGCCGGCAUUCAUUCCAAUUCUGAUAUAUCUUUGUAUGCUUGUGACUAACUGAAACAAAUGAGUGUAAAGUUUAUUUAACAAUAUGAGCAUAACAACUUUAAAUUCUAAAUGGAAUUUUUACAACCUUUUGAAUUGAUUUAUGCUCAAACAUCAUUUUCAGAAGUAAAAGAAUUUAUUUUGUCAUGUAUGAGGAUGUUGGCUCACAUGUGUUAUUAUAAAUUGAAGAGUGGAUGGAGAGUAGUUUUCAAGAUAAUCAAUUAAUCUCUUUAAGAAUCAAUAGUAUUGGUAAACAUAUCAAUAGAUGUCUUAAAUAAAGUAUUCAGUGAGGACCUAAUCAAUUUAAAAGACAUCUUUGAUGAAAUCGAUUAAACAUUCUAGUUUCUCUUUAAUCGAGAAGAAUAACAUGUAUUAUUGAAGGGAAUUGAAUUUGUUCAAAAUGCAGUAGAAUCAUUAAUGAAACAUGACAACAAUUUCUAUUAUGCAUUCUGGAUGCAAUCAUUAGCUCAUAUUUGCAAUUUAUUCUAAAACAAUCAGUAGUAAAUUUAAGAGUAAGCAAUCUAAUCAUUCUUCAAGAUAUUGAAAUCAAACACACAAAACAUCAAAGGACAUUAAUAUGUAUAAAUAAUGAAGGGAAUGAUGAAAGAAUUAUUUGUCUCCCUAAGCAAAGCCAAAAAAGAAAUAUGCCAAAUGGCUCAUAAAAGUCUAUUGGAAUUAGUGUUUGAUCAUGACAUAAAGGAAGCCUACAAUGAAAUAUCAACCAUUUUAUUAAAUAGUACAUUCUAAACCAACGAAUAUUUGGCAAAGACAAGUGUGAUGACUUUUAAAUAGAUCAUUAUUAAGGAGGGAUAGAAAUUGGAUUGGAACUAGACCAUUUAAAUUUUGGAUCUAAUGGUUUAAAAUACAACUCCAAAUGUUCUAUUUGAAGCAGCUCAAUUGGAUUAAUCAAUUAUUGACGACUUAUUAAGUUUAAAUCUACCUAAAAAUCAAAUUAAAUUGAAUUCUGAUUAAUUAACUCUGAAAUGCAUCUUAUAAUUAAUGUUGAUUGAUAUCAUCCAAGAUAUAGUAGAUCAUCACAUUAAAUUACUUAAUGAAAAGACCUAUCAAUAUCUAUUAACUAUUGCAUAGAAUCUAUAUAAGAUGUCAUUUAGAUUUAAUAGGUAAAUUAAAUUAAGAUAUUUUUUAUAACAAUAAGGAUUUAUGCCUAAUUUAUAAUAAUUACCUGGAUUGAUCAAAUAAGAAAAAUCAUCAGCAAUUGGUAUUCUGAAUUUACUGCAUAAAUAAUCAUAAGUGAAUGAAGAAUUGCUCAAAGAUUUGAUUUAAUUUAUUAUCGAAAUUUUAGAGGACACUAAGGUAUUAGGUUAGAUACAAGUUAAUAAUCAAUUCAAAGGAGAAUUAGAGAAAAUUAUUAUCAAUAAUCUAUCCAUAAUCCAAGUGAGUGUAAUACCAAUUUUAAAUGCCGUAGACUUAUAAAAAGUAAUGAUAUUUAUUACAUAUUGUAGAUUCAAGAUAAAAUAAAAUCUUUGUUAAGUUAUUUUGUUCAAUUGCCAUCUUGUUAUUCACUAUUAGUGAGUCAAUGUCCACAUUGUUAAACUUGUCCAUAUAAAUGUAUGCAGAAGUAAGAGUGGAAGAAGCUUUUUGAACAAAUCCAAUAAUUGUAGUUGAAAUUGAUAAGUUAAAUAUGA